GACUGUUUUCAAUAGCAUCAUUUUGUUUGGACUCUGUAGUCGUUACAGUAAUACCGCCUGUACUCGUAAAGCCUUUUGAAAAAGCAAAGAAAAAUUACAAACAACGACGAGUGUCCAAAGGAAGAGACGAGACGCAGAGAUGGAUAAAAUCGAAGACGAAACCAUAACAUGAAGAUCACUAACAGCGCCGCUGCCACCGUUUUAGGGUCUACCUCAGUGGUUUUUGCACUCGACCAUGGAAGUAGCAGUAGUAGUAGCAGAGACUCAUCGGGAUCCUAUUUCGUCUCGAGUGGAUGCUUAUCCAUUGAUGACUUAUGCGAAACAAACGACUACUCGAGUUUUUGUAGUUUGUUGAAGAAACAUGACUUUUACGAUAGAGUAUCGACCGGAACCUGGACGAUGUUUGUUCCGACAAACCAAGCAUUCGAUCGCGUUUCGAACGGAUUGGCGAGUUUGGAUGAUCAUAGUCUAUCGAAAGUUUUGAAAUCUCAUUUGGUUGAAGGCGACCUUGUGUCGACCUUAAACUCCGUGUAUGAAAGCGGUGAUUACAUAUCUGUAGGUCGUACGGACCCGGAAAAUCUCCAUUCAUCGGAAUCACUAUGCGGCGGCGGUGUUUACUAUAUUUUGAACGAAGUUAUCUUACCGCCCAGCAUUUUUUCCGAUAUGUCGUGAGUAUUAAAAGUGUUGACUUUGCUUGUAUCCUUUUGCAAUUGCCCUGUAACUGUUGCUAGUAUGGGCCUAACACAUAUCGUAUCUAUGGUUGCUUGUCUUGAAAAAUGGCAUUGUGGUUUUGGCUCGACAAUAGCCAAUUCGUUCAAUCCAAAGAGGAUAAAUCUGUUACAUCCACAGAUAACCUUCCAACGUCGUGUUACGUGUCACCGAUGUGCAACGAUAUCCCGACUAAGGGGUACGUCGACCCUGGUUCUGGUUUUACCAAUUCGACGGGUUUUGAUACGGUGCAAACCGACCAGUGCUGUAAUAUUUGUGCGGAUGGCGGAGUGACGAACAUUGGUCCUUACGAUUAUCUUUUGUUAGACCUCAUGUGGAACCCGACGUUUUGUAAUGCAUUGGAAGACGGCCACGAUUUCACCCUAACGCACAUGCCAAGUAUGCGUUGCUCUCCGUCUUUGUCAGAACGUUUGUCCAUCCAUGGCCUCUGGCCUAGCUGGCUCAAAACUUUCGGUACCUGUUGCAACGCAACUGGUUCAAACAAACCAUUGGAUCCCCAUGAGGUGACGAACGAGUGGGAUAAUAGUUUGCGGUUAAGAAUGUUGGAAGAUUGGUACGAUCCGGUCCUCUAUAAUGGAAGAUUUAACGAAGAUAAUGGUUGUCAAAUUUGCUAUGUUCAAAACCACGAAUGGCAAAAACAUGGUGCGUGAAAGGAAGCUAUCUUAGAAGUAGAAAAUAUUCGAACGGACAAUGUGUACCGAUCACAACAUCUUUUUAUGAUGCUCACCUCGCCACCUCGCCACCCCAAACCUUCGACUUCGUAUUUUUCAGGACUAUGCUAUACUGACUCACCAGAAGAAUAUUUUCAGGCCGGUUUAGAUAUGUAUGACAUAGUAGAAGAACAGAGAAAACAAAUAGACUCAAUGCAUGGAACGAUCAUAACCGUGAAAGAUAUUGAGAUACUGUUCCCGAAAAAAGUCAAUGUAGUGUGCGAUCCACAGGCAUCAACUAGUACCGAUAAGUAUCAAACGUUUUCGGAAUUACAAAUUUGUUUCGGAGAUGAACUGACCAUCAUCGACUGUCCCGCUGCGACCUACGAGUCGGUAAGUAGGAAGGGUCCACGAGAGGAAUAGUUGUACGGCACUUGUACGCACGAAACUCAACCGAAAUGCUCACUCCUCGUUCUUUUCUUUCCCCACUUCUUUCAUGUUUCUCAGAAUUGGACUACAGCUUGCAAACAUUCGAUCAUGAUUCCGAGUUUCCUAUAGGCAUUUUCAGAUAUUAUUUCAUGUUACAAGAAGAGGCAGUUCUUCUUCUAAACGCCUUGAAGAAAAAAUUGAUAGUUUUCUGUAUUCGAAGUGUAAUGCUAUUAUCAAAAGUGGAAGCAACUCGAAGUACCUAUUUUUAUCCCCAGAUCCCGUCCUUGCGCAUUUGGACCCCGUCAUGUCAAAAUGAUUCUCAUUCAACAGAUCUACCACGGAAGGUUUAGACUCUCGUCUUUCUUUUGCUUUGCUUUUUUUGCCUUUUCCUUCGUACGUUUCAUCAGGUUCUGGCACUUUGCAACGAUCACAGCUUGCUCCUCUUCUACUCGCUUAUUAAAGUAUAUGUCUGAGUCCGAGGUCAAUCGUUCAAUGAAAGAGAUUCGCGUAUUAUUAAUGGAUGUCAUCCUUGUAAGAUCGGUGCACAUUUCUCCAAUAACGUGAUCCAAACCUUCACUUUCGUUCUCUUCACUUUCACCGUUCGUAAUUAGGAGUUCAACAGUAGGAUAAAGUGGUUUCUUUAUCAAACCAGCUUUCGACAGAUGAACGAAGGUGCGCUCCUCCCUUGAGAGUUCAGAGAAAUCGGCAACAUCAAAUUUUGUAUGCUUGUCGAGUUUUCCACCUUCAACAGCCUUGAUUUUUGAUUCGAUCGCGCCGACGUCGUCAUCGUCGUCAAGAAAACUCAGCGACUCUUCGUCAUCAUCGUCGUCUUCAUCGUCAUUAUCUGUGUCAUCAUCGCUUACUUCUUCUACUAACAACGACUGCAAUCUAUCAAACAAAGAAGUGGAUGAUAUCUGUUCCACUUCUUCUUCUUCGUUCUCUGUAUGACCGAGUAUCCUUGUUGGUACAGUUUGGAAUGGAUGUCGAGAAUGAACUUUUGGAGAUUUGAUAGGCACUAAUCGUUUGGAUGCCGCAGCCUUGCUGUAGAAUCCGGCAGCUUGAAGCCAACUCCACAUUCGCGUUGUGUGCAAUGGUGGCUGUUCUUCUGGCACGGGGUCUAGCCUAUCUACUGUCUUCUCUUUGUGCUGUGAACUCUCUAAUUCCAAUGCUAGUUGCGAAACUCUUUCGAUGAUUUGUUGUCGUCUUGCGAUCGGAGUCGAAUCUGCAUACGACUUCGGAACUGGUACAGCUGGGACCUGAGGGUUUGGGGGAAUGACUUUGGUUUUCAAUUUGUCGGCUUGCUUUUCUUUCUUCUUCUUUUUUGCUAGAAUUGUCAUUGCCGCCUUCGGACUUGCAAUUGCUGCAGACGCAGCGGAUGAGCCCUUCUUCGGUUCGUUGGCUGCGGCUGAUGCCUUGGAAGUUGUUGGAGCACUCGGAGAUUGCAACGGUUUAGGAAGAACAGCAUUGAAAACAAUUGCUGGGAGCAUUGCAUAUAAAGGCAUACUAUUUUU